AUGCCCCGGUUGCUGCAGGUCCUGUCUGACUUCUCUCUCGCUCUUUUUUCAGGGGAUCGGGAGAGGGACCGGGGCCGGGCUGCCUCACUCGCGCACAGGCCCAUCCACAGGAAAUGGAAGGGUUCACUUCAGACCUUUGGAAAGGAGGUGUGCGUCACAGGUCACACGGUGUACCCCGGCCUCCGCACCGUCCUCCCAGAGUGCAUGUGUUGCCAGUGCUAUGCCAGGUUUGGGGGCCACCUGCCUGUGCCCAGGGCUGAUGCACUGCUGCCCUACUGGGUCCCUCUGUCCCUGAGACCACGAAAGCAGGUCUCAAAGAUGAUGCGGUGUUAUGUCCCCAGAGCCAUAAAGUCAUGUCGCUGCCCCUGCCACUGCUUUGGGGGCCGCCUUCCGAUGCCCAGGGAUAGGGCUGUUAUGCCCUACUGGGUGCCCCAGGGGUUGAGGUCACAGAAGAAGAUGGUGAAGAGGCUGGAGAAUCUUCGAGACACUCCAGAUUGCCCCCUGGACUCAAGAAGAUGGCACGGCUGUUGGCAGGUCUGUGGGGACCAGCGUCUCCUCCUCAAGUGGCAGCGGCUCCAGAGCCUUCAUCAAGAUGAGCUGUCAGGUUCCCAGGAGGACGAGGCACAUGCUGGCCGCCUAGGCCUCCUGCCCCUCAGCUUCAACCUCCUGACCCUGCUGCAGGCUGUCCUGAGGGCCAUCAUGGCCAUUCGCCACUUGUUCUGGGACUGAGUUGGAGUCUUCAGCUACGGUCAAGAUCCUCAGCAAGAACGUCAGUCAUGAUCAUGGCCUCCAAGGGAAGCCCUCAGAUCGGGAAGACCUGUGACACUUGCUGUUUCCACACAUGAUAAGAUCUGCACCCAUGAUCCAAUCCGAGCUAGGAGCCGCCAUGUGACUGUUCGUUGAAGGGGGGUCUGGUAUGAAUGUCCGCAUGAGUCUGUUAUG